AUGCAUUUCUUAAAACACACUGCUCGCUCCGCCCUCCGGGCUUGCGAUCGUCCUCUGGCCAAGGGCAUCCGCUUCUCCCCCUCCAAACAUUCCGUUACCGCCGCCGCCGCCGCUUCUGCUGCUUCCUUCUCCACAUCGUCCACCAGGCCGGCCAAGAACCACGUCUACGCAUCUGUCCGCCGCCCUGAUGAUUUCCACACCUACCAACUCCUCUCCGCCUCCGCCCGGACACCUCUCAUAACCUUGUGGACGACGUCGUGGUGCGGGACGUGCCGAGUCGUCGCCCCGUUGAUAAAGUCUCUCGUCGAAUCAGGUGUCGGCGAGGCGGAAGGCGGUGUUGCAUACUGCACGGUGGAAUUCGACGCACCCGACGUAAUGAGCGGCGGUCUGGGCAUGACUUAUAUGAUCUCCUCCAUCCCAACCCUACUAAGCUUCGACAACCAGGAGGCUCAGAUCCAGACCAAGGUCCACGAUGCAAAGAAGCUCGCCGACCGCGCCUUCCUUGAAGAGUGGAUUAGGACCGAGGCUCGGCGGCAUGGACAGCGCGGAGGCGGCGGGGGCCCUAGCGGCGUGUUCGGCGGGCUAUUUGGGGGCUUCAAGUGA